UUAAGAGUAUAAGAACAAGCGCUCUAGAAUUGCUCCAGUACAUUCACGCGAAGUUCAUCUUCGUCAAAAACAUCCAAAAAAGAGAAAACUAGCCUGGGAAGCCGCCCACUGGCGUUAGCGCAAUUCGUUUCCAACUACAGACAAGUCCAAGAUGGCGUCCCUCUUCUUAUGCAGCUCCCGACACGUGGCCGUCGUGAUCCUGGCCCUGCUAUGUUGCUCCCUACUCUGCGAAACGAGGGCACAACAGUUCUAUCCCAACGGACGGUACGGAAGAAGAAGCUCAGUCCCACCCCUGGCCGAUUCCGUCAGAGACAUCAGAGUGGCUUUUUUCGGAGAUGAUUCUGUGGUCUGCAAAUUCACCGGAUAUGCCGAUUACUACAGUUGUACAAGCCGGAAAGAAAUUCCAUCGUCGGAUCAAGUCCUCAACUGAUGGGUCGACCCAGCAUGAAAGAAUCCUUCCCCGUGAACGGUUACACAUCAUAUCCAACAAUAUUUAUAUGAAUCUGUAAGGAAACGUUAUUGACUAAAUAAAAAUCUUACU